AUGCCUUCCACUCCAGAAUAUUCCCACAGGCCCACUCUAAGGGGGAUCUCAGAGCUCAGGGGGAUCUCAGAGCUCAGGGGGAUCUCAGAGCUCAGGGGGAUCUCAGAGCUCAGGGGGAUCUCAGAGCUCAGGGGGAUCUCAGAGCUCAGGGGGAUCUCAGAGCUCAGGGGGAUCUCAGAGCUCAGGGGGAUCUCAGAGCUCAGGGGGAUCUCAGAGCUCAGGGGGAUCUCAGAGCUCAGGGGGAUCUCAGAGCUCAGGGGGAUCUCAGCUCUGUGGCGUGCUGCACUGAUGAGGACCACAUGUUCACGAAACUCCUGGAGGCAAGACGAGAAAAAGAAGAUCGAGGAACGAAGCGACGGUGCAACCUUGCAGCGCCUCAGGGUCUCCAUGGAAACACGUGUCCUGGAACACCAAUGUCCUGAGUCAGGCAACGAAGGCUUUUCCAAGCACAGUCUGAUGCCUUUCAAAGCUUCUCUAAUCGAAGCGGAGCUGUUCUCUGGGAGCCAGGCCCUCGUGCCUGCCGGGGCUGUCGCCACGCCAGCCGUGCCCAGUCUCUCACGAAGGCUGCGUGCGUGCAGGAAGGUUCAGCACGGAGAGCCCUCUCCCGCCUACCUGCCUGUCCCAGUGAAGCUGGUGGUGGAUGACACCCCAGAGACUUGUAUCUACUCCAGCUGGUCUCCCUGGUCAGCCUGCAGCUCUGCCACCUGUGAGAAAGGCAAGAGGAUGAGACAGAGGAUGCUGAAGGCCCAGCUGGACCUCAGCGUUUCCUGCCCGCACACCCAGGACUUUGAGCCCUGCAUGGGGCCCGGAUGCAGCAGCGACCAGGACGCAUCCACCUGCAUGCUGUCAGAGUGGAUCACCUGGUCUCCCUGCAGCCAAUCCUGCGGCAUGGGGGUGCGUUCCCGCGAGCGCUACGUCAAGCAGUUCCCCGAGGACGGCUCCAUCUGCAGCCUCUCCACCGAGGAGAACGACAAGUGUGUUGUCAACGAGGAGUGCACCCCCAGCAGCUGCCUGGUGACGGAGUGGGCAGAGUGGGAUGCCUGCAGCGCCACCUGUGGGCUGGGCAUGAAGAGACGUGAGCGCAUGGUGAAGAUGCCGCCGGCAGACGGGACGCUGUGCGGCGCCGAGGUGUUGGAGGUGGAGAAGUGCAUGAUGCCAGAAUGCCACACCAUCCCCUGCAUGUUGUCCCCCUGGUCUGACUGGAGCGACUGCAGCGUGUCGUGUGGGAAGGGCGCGCGCUCACGGCGGCGCGCGCUGCGAUCCCCCGUGGAGCUGGGGGAGUGUAGCGAGGACCUGGAACAGCAGGAGAAGUGCAUGCUGCCAGAGUGUCCCACAGACUGCAUGGUGACUGAGUGGACUGAGUGGUCCGAGUGCAACAAGUCGUGCGGGAAGGGUCACGUGAUCCGGACGCGCGUGGUGAAGCUGGAGCCGCAGUUCGGAGGCGACUCGUGUCCUGAGACGGUGCAGAGGAAGAAGUGCCGGCUGAGGAAGUGUUCCCGGGCGGGGCAGGCCACCAGCGAGGAGAAGAGGAGACGCAAGGAGAUGAGGGAGAAGAGGAGGAGCAGGCAGGAGGAGGGCACAGGAGAACACCCAGGCUGCAGGAUGAGGCCGUGGUCCAGCUGGACGGACUGUACCAAGCUGUGCGGCGGGGGGAUCCAGGAGCGGCUCAUGACCGCCAAGAGGAGGGUGAAGGGUGCCCAGCUGACCAGCUGCAAGGACAGGAAGGAGAUCAGGGCCUGCAAUGUUCACCCCUGCUAGGGGGGAGGGGAGGCAGGGGGGAGGGCAGG